UUCGGCCAAAGACCCAGGCAUAGAUGAGUUGGAUCAGGAAGAUUGUGCCAGAAGGCCAUAACUUUGGUCUUGUGAAUCAAAGAAGAACAGCUCUGGCGGGGAGGAAUGGGAGGAGGCUUGUGCCCAGGCCCUGGCUCUCCCACUUCAGUCUGUAUUGGGCUGAGAGGGGACCUCGCCCCAAGGGAUGGAAGCAGAAAGCACAGGAAAGCUGGAAGUCUGUGAUACUAGACCAGGCCUGGAUCCUGCAAGAGGUUUGGGGAUCAAGGCUCUUAGCCAGCGGGCCCUGGCCUGAGGCUGCCUCAGGAAGUGAGGCAUGUGAGGUCUGCUGAGGGCAUGGCAAGUAGAACCCUGGCCCUGUGUGAGGUGAGGCUUGGUUGCCGGGUGACUGUCCCUGGGCAGCUCCCUGCUGUCAGCAGGACUCUGCUUGCUGUGCUCACCCCUCAGCUGCAGCCACCCUGGUACUGCUCCUUCCCUUGCCACCAUGUCACGUCAACUCAACAUGGAUACGCUGCGGCAGAACUUCUGGAAGGAGGAAUACCUGAGGGAGAAGAUGUUGCGCUGUGAAUGGCACCGCAAGUACGGGUCGAUGGUGAAGGCCAAGCAGAAGGCUAAGGCUGCAGCUCGCCUGCCCCUCAAACUGCCCACCCUACACCCUAAAGCCCCACUCUCACCCCCACCUGCCCCCAAAGCAGUCCCUUCCAGGGCCACCAGCCCUGCCCAGGAGGCUCCUAUUCAGUCAGAAACGUACCCGGUGCUGCCUGCCACCCGAGCCCUGCUGUAUGAAGGCAUCUCCCACGACUUCCAGGGGCGCUACCGAUACCUCAACACCCGAAAACUGGACAUGCCCGAGAGGCGCUACCUCUUCCCCAUCACCACCAACUUCACAUACGGCUGGCAGCUGGGGCCCCCAGCGAAGCAAAAACUGGUCUCCUGCAAGAUGUGCCGCAUUGAAUCCUUCUUCCGCAAGAACGGGGCCUUCGCACUGCUUGACCCCCGGGACCUGGCCCUCUGACCUUGGCCGGGCAGUAGGCUUAGGGGAGAGAAGAAGAAAUACCAAGCCGCCUGGUGGGGCGAAGCUGCUGUGUGUGUCUGUGUCUCUGGCUCUCCCAGGCCCUGAGGCUGCCUUCUGGGCCUUUCUGAAACCACCUCCCACUGCAGUUGCUGACCUGCAGGUUUCCUUUUGCUUUUU